AAUCCAUUCAAGCCCAAAACCAAUAAAAUCCUAGGGCUUCCACAUUUCUUUCAAUUUCACACAAAGCACUGGACAAGAGCACUUGUUGAACUUCCAGCAGAGAGGAAAUGGAGGGAGGAGAUGAUGGAGUGGAGAGAGUGGUGGACUCCAAAGACCUGCAGCAGCAGAGCAAAGCCCUCGACAAGCUAACCGACCGGGUUGAGGAUCGCCAACUCGACUCAACCCGAGUCCAGGAGGCUAUGGCUUCAAUUUCUGCGUCAAAAGAAGCUGAUAUUCAAGCUGCCAGAUUGAGGGAGAAAGAAUUGGCAGCUGUUAAGAUCAAUGCUGCAGAUGUUGAUAUCAUUGCAAAUGAAUUAGAGCUGGACAAGAAGGUGGCUGAAAGAACAUUGCGGGAGCAUAAAGGUGAUGCUGUUGCGGCCAUUAGAUCCUUGCUCUACUAAGUAGUAUCCACUUCCCAUCAAGAACUGAACAGAAAGUUUUACUUUGCUUGCAAAGAAAUUUGUCACCAUUUGUGGUCAUCAUCAUAAAAUUUGCUCAAAGCUUUGGGUAUUGCUUGUAAAAACCUGCUUCUGUGCAAAUUUCAUUGUUUCACUUGUUAAAUCCUUGAAUUAUGUUGUAUUCGUGUUUCCGUUUUUUCCCCCUCUUCCCAAUUGCAA